AUGAGCAGCAGCUUGAAUGUUGGACCGGCAAAUACGCGCAGGACUCGGCGUAAUGGCUCUCCCAGUUCUUCUUCUAAAAGCUCUAAGGACAUAACAACAACUCUGACUUCUGGUGUUGAUGUUCCUGGUUCUUCUGAAACUCUGGCUUCUUCUCCACCAAAGCCAACUCGGGUAAUUUUUAAACAGUCUGGAUCGGGGUUAAACGAGUCAUUAUCUCUUUUGAAACAGGAUUCAAUUAUUAGCAACUCGGAGCCCUCGGCGCGACAGCUUCAAAACAGUCAGAGACGUCAAGAAAAUAAUGAUAAGCAUGAAGAAACUUCUAAUCAAGUAUUAACUAAUGGUUACAAUAUAUCUUUAAAUAAUUUAUUUGACUCUGCUCCACCAGCCAUUAAUCCGGAACAACCUAUUAGCCAGCAUACAACUGGAUCAGGGUCACCUCAUAUCACCAAUCCGGGUGUGAUCCACACUCUUCAAAAUACUCCUGCAUCUAAUACCCCUCCUAUACCUUCAAAUCGCAUUAUCCAACCCACUCCUAUUCCUUUGCAUUCUCCUUUAAAUAGAACCCCAUAUAACCAACCAAUACACCGCAUAUCUCCAAAUGGCCACCAAUUCUCUUUACGCAGCCGUCCAAGCUCCCCCCUAUCUCAAGUAUACCCAAACCCUCAUGAACUACCAGGAAGUCCUCUUGGUUCAUCUACCCCUCUUAGCAUUUCUAUUCCACGUACACGCAUUCAGUUGCGCGUACCUGUAGGCACAUCUCCACGGAAUCAAACGUCACCUAACAAAAUCCGACUCCAAAUUCCCAUUGCUCGAAAUAUUGGAGAUGGAAGCAAUGAUGAAGCUGAAAUUCAGACUCAAACCUCACCACAACUGUCAGUGCGACGUUUUGAAGAUCCAAGAGUGGCAUUUUACAAACAAGAACAACAAGAACAGCAGCAACAGCAGCAACAGCAGCAACAGCAGCAGCCAAAUCAUUAUCAGCACCCGCAUCCGCAUAAAGAGCAUAAAGUAGAACCACAACAACUACAGUUGGAUCAAGACGAACAAGAGUGUUCUUCGGCUCACCCACCUCCUAUUCGGUUUACCCAUAUCAACUCUUGGGCUUCUCAAGCUAAGGGGUUUCCUCAGACAUCAUCAGAAUCAACUUCUAGGGAACCAUCUUCAUCAUCAUUUCCUAAAGAAAUUUCCCCAACCCCUAUAAAGCAGCAAUCUUUAUCUCCACCGUCUUUUAAAAAUCAUUCUCCAUCAUCUAUAAACCAGCAAUCAUCAUCUGUACUCCCACUCCCCCAUGUUUCUCGAGAACCUUCUUUACAAGCUCCCAAAGAAUACUCCCCACAGCCUAUAAAGCAACAAUCUCAAUCCCCGCCUCCUCAUUUUUCUCGACCCCCCUCAUUAUCACCUUCACCAAUGCCUCGUUCUUCACAGGAAUCACCUGCUUCAUUUUCUCGGCCUCAAAAUGAAGAAAAAAUUGUUAAACAAGAACCUAUUAGCCCAACAAAAAAACCUUCAAGAAACCACCGACGGUAUGCUCAAAGGCAUGAACCCCUUUUAUUUAAAUCCCCAUCACCACCUCCUGAAAUAAAUGAAGCUUUUAGUCCGACUUCUGAAUCACCUGCAUCAAGCCCACAACCUCCGUCUCCCAGUCCAGAAUUCUCUUCGUCAGGUUUCCCAACCUCAUCUAACUUUCAACCUACGUUGGGAUUUGAACCUUCAUCCGGUAUGGAACCUUCACCAGGGUUUGAAUCUUUAUCAGUAGUCCAACAAUCUUCAGAAAACUUUCAGGCACAAACCAAUCCUUUACUGAAUAAUUUAAAUUACUCUUUACCAAGGUUUACACCACAUAUAUUUGAUAGUGCUUUAGGUGCUUUGCAAAACCAUUUUGAUGCUGUAUCUUCGAAAACCCUUCCAUUUCAGGAAUCAUUACCUAAUGAUAAACCUAAAAAGAAAAAACGAAGUGUGAAAAAUAUUUAUGGAUACCCUAGUCAGGUAAAAAGAAAUACACGUUAUGUAAUUGGGCCUGAUGGCAAGCCUAGUUCGAUUUCUGAAGAUGAAGAAGGACUUGUAACAAUUGUUCCUGAAACUUAUCCAGAUCAUAAGGAAGAAUCUUUAAGCACUGUUGCUAAUAGAGAAAUGGCUCCUGGCGAACCGUUGCGUCCGGAAACAUUGCGCCCGCAAACAGUUAAUGAUAAUAUUUUAUUUAAGGCCGAUACAAUUGGUAAAAAACUUUUGAAAACGAACAAGACUACCAAAAAUACCAUUGAUGAACAAUAUUACCCUGAAGUCAUCGAUAUGAUUAAUGGGAAAUCAGAAAAGUCUAAUCAAAAUGAAUCUUCUCACAGAUUUCGACAUCCUACCAACAUAUCCUAUGCUUCUGCAAAUAAUUUACUUGAUCGAAAUUUGAAUCAUACCCGACCUUCAUUUUUUAAGGAAUCAUAUUAUCAAUUGCCACAAAUUUAUCGCCUUCAUCUCCCAUUUUCCUCUAUUCACAGGCGUAAGAAGUUUCGCAAAUCUGGUGUUGUAGGAAUGCCUCUUGAAAAUCCAGAAGAACAAAUGUACCCUUCGUUAGGUCCUCAAACACGAUACUUUUCCCAUUCAUUACCUGAUAAUUCAACAUCUUCGCAAAACUUUUACAUGUUUAAGCAUGGUGGGCAUUCUAACCAUAUGUACAAUUCCAUGUACCGAUUUCCUGAAGGAGGUCGAAGUUUAAAUGGUCGUUGGAAAAGUGUUUCGAAAACGCUUAACAAAAAGAAGCUUCAUAAACUUCGAGCUUUGCAGAAAAAGAAACGUCAGAUUCAGAAAAAGCAAGAAGAAAAGCGAUUAAAACAGCAACGUCUUUCAGACAAUCAAACAACAAACCAACAGUAUUUGAAUUCUAAAAUAGAGCUGGACUCUGAUUGGCGUAAACAUAAAAAGAAAGUUAAGGAGGCUAUGGAAGAAUUUCGAGUAGAUGCGGACGAAAGCGAUGAUGGAGAUGAUGGAGAUGAUGAAGGUGACGAUUUAUCAAAUUACCCCGGGUUGGCUCCAGAGAAUCCAGAAUAUCAACAUGUACCACGCGGCCCACAUUUGCGCCAACAGCUUGCAGCUCUUAACGCAACAGCUGGCGGUGUUUCGUGUUCUACCGAAACAGGGCUUGGCAGUGGGUUCACUAGCCGUGCAGCCCGCCGUUGGUUUUUACACCCGUUAUCUUCUUCUUGCGACCACUCCCCUAACCUUAUUCAAAGCAACUCACGCCAAUUCUUCCAGCCCACUGGGCAAGAUGUCCCCACUGUUUUUCAUGCAUCAUCAUCUCAAUUGUUUACUCUUCCUCUUCAAUUUAAGACGUUAGAGCGACGCUUCAUUCGUGAAACUAAACUUGGAUUGCAUCCAGAUGAGGACGAUAGUUGUGGUGAGGCAGCGGAUGAAGUUUCCGGGAAACCUGCCCCUCGAGAAAACAUGGAGGAGUUCAUUGAGUUUGCCAAGGGAAAACUAGGAAUGACUUUAUCUGAAGCUGACUUAGAGCUUAUCACCAAAAAGUUUGAAAUCGGCAGUAGACCUAAGCGACCAAGAGAGUUUACUGAAGAGGAAAGCUCUGAUGACGAUGCAACACCAAGCUAUAAACGGCUCAAGACCAAUGAAGCCGAGGAAAAUUCUACACAGCUGAUAACUGAGGGAGAUGAUCAAUUUUGGGCACAAAUGGAGCUUAGAAGAAAAUCCAAAUUGAAAACAGGAGCUUUUCUUCCCGUAAAAAAAGCAGCAACACGCCUUCAACAACUCGAUGCAUUAUACACCUCAUACCAAGCAUUUGCUGCGGGGAACGGCCCUAGAAGAGAUUAUUUAUUUUCUGUGGAUGAAGCCAAGCCUCGACCUUUGGCAAUUUAUAAGAAUCCGUUUGAAGUCAUUAUGAAGAAAAAGAUGCUGGGAACUGUUAAGAAUGAGUUUAGUGAUGAUACAGAUGAAGAAGAAACAGAAGAUGAGGACGAUGAAAUCUAUGAGAAGGAGGAAUUUAAGGAAAAUGAGGAAUCUAUCAAUGUCAAUCGGUCGGUUUUGAAGCACAGCUUGACACGCAAAGUGACUAUUGAUUUAGGGACCCAUAAAGAAACACGCCAAUAUGUUGUGGCAACCCCAGAUUCACAGAUUGAUGCUACAAACAGCAAUGGACAAUGGGGCCCCAUAUACCAUAACCACCCAGAGUUACCAUUUCGUGCUGGCUUGGCUGAUGCCCUUUAUGGUGCACGGUUUUUGUCACGACACGAGUCAUUACCUGAGGAAGAAGAGACAGUGGACGAGCUUCUUUCUCGAGCAGCUUCAUUUGCAAGUGGUGGGAAUACAGGGAACAGUGUUCCAGAUUUGUUGCAGACUCUUCAUUUAUAUGCGGCCGAACUGUAUGAGGCUUUAGGGUAUAAACAAGCAUACAUGUCUAUGGAUGAGACAGCACUUCUUGGGCUUGGUGUUGUUGUAGAGGAGUUUAUGAAGAGCCUUGUAGGACAAGAGGGACAUCGAAUGUAUGCUGAGCGGGAAAAGAGUGAGAUGGAAGAAUAUUUUGAAAACUUGGCUGUUCUUCGACGAGAGAAAGAGAAGCAGGAGGUUAUUGAGAAAAAUGGGGAAAUGGAAAAUAGUGAAGAUGAAGAAUCUGUAGAAGAAAAUAGUCUUGAUGAGAGCUCGAAGGAAGAAAAGACUGAAGAAGAAGACAGCAACCAAAAGGAAGAAGAUUCUAGUGACCAAGGCAAAUCAAGCAGUUCUGAGUCCGAAGAUGAAGAAGAUAGCAGCUCUGAAGAAGAAGAAGAAGAAAAUGAUGAUGAUGAUGAUCAAUGA